AUGAUCAACUCACUUGAAUCAGCGUAUCCGCUUGAAAAGGUCGACGAUGCCGACUUAAAGCGACUCUGUCAGACUCUCUGGGGGUGGAAAUUAUGCAGCAGCUGUCAGAGCGGACAGGCGUGUAACGGCCACAAAUGCCCCUGGAAGCGAGCGCCCAUAUUCACAACGUAUUUUGCCUUCUACAAGGAUUUAACCUCAGCCUACGUCCCGGAGUUACUUUACGGUCACCAGCCAGCGCUUCGCUCGCAUGAAGAUGUGGCGGAUAUCAUCCGGCUGAUCAAGAGCCGGCCGGGCGAAGUGCGGUCCCGGCUCACACGCGAUUACUUCUCCCUGCGCGGCGGUGAUGACUAUACAGAUGUCACUAAGCUGCCGCCUCCGGCCGAUCAGCACCGCGCCUUCAACACCGUGGUCAAAGUCAUGACCAUGCUGAACUGCUCGGCGGAGCAGCAGGCGUCAGGCGUGCUGGACCUCGGUGUGGAGCUGGGCACGCUGCCACUACCGUGGCACCACAACAUUAGUUUCUCGGAUUUCACAUUGCGGGCAUUCCCCCGGACCGACGUCGGGGACCUGAACUUCUUGGACUAUGCCGGUAAGUUGCGGGACGUCAAGUCAUCAAUCACGGCGCGACGCCUAGAGAGGCUGGCACGGCUGUCAUUCCGCGGCACCGACGACAUCAGGAACCACCUCAGGUUGGACACGAGGGCUGGUAUAGUGGAGAUAUAUCAUUACACCAGUGUAUUAAAAGAACACCUGGCAGCGGCAUCUAACAAUGAUCACCUGUCUUUGUAG